GCUAAAAAGUCUUCGUCAGUGGCCAGAGCAAGGAGCCCCAUGAAAUCAAGUGGGGGUGGGAGAAAAUCAGGAACUAGUAGGAGUAAAAGUGGGAGUAGAAGUAGAAGCAGGAGUAGGAGCAGAAACAAGGGUCGUGAGCCAACUCGUGGAAAAAACGGAAGUGACCUUAGUGACACCGAUUCGGUUGGCACAAACCAUUCAGAUUCUUCCAAAGUUUCCUUUGAAAUGGUAUCAUCCAGUGGACAGAGCAUCGAGACAGAAGCUGAUGUGCAUCCAUCCCCUGACUCACUCAGCAUAGCAAGGUUAAAAUUGCUCGGUCGAGCUACCGUUGGGAAAGUGUCGGUGGAUGCUCUGUAUCUGCUAGCCGAUGAGGGUCAAACUGAGAAGAACACGUCGAGGAAGUUGCACCAAAAGAAGGUGACUUGGAUAAAACCUGGAUCCUACUUUGUGGAGUACAAGUUUCCAGUGGUGGCUGCCUCUAGGGACAAACAAUCUGACAAUACCAUGGCAACAGAGGUCAUCCGAGCACCAUCAAAGGAAAUUGAAGAAAACACCAUAACCUUCCACCACAGAUCCGUGUUUCCUAUUCUGUUUGACAGAAAAUCCAUCGAGUGUUGGUGGAGGUCUUACUUGGUUUUCAAGCUCUUCUUCAGAGAUCCUCAACAAAAAACGCUGACCCACGUUGGUAGUUGUCAGUUAUCCCUGAAGUCCGUCCUGAAGGCCAGCAGCCUGUGUCUCAACAAGUACCUUGCUGUAUGCAAACCAGGGACCUCUUUGAAGUCUGCGAGACGACGGAACACGUCGUCAAAGAAACUGCCUACCAUUGGGGAGCUGAAGGUCACUGUUGAGAUUGGCUCUGAUGCCUCAAAUUUCUCUGCUGCCUUAUCAAACACCAGACUAGUUGAGUACAGUGGUGACACCCUCUACAUUCCAGUCAAUUUCCAUGGCAAGAAAGACAGUCUACUUGCAGAAGUAACUGAAAGUCAACCAAACAGAACAACAGCUGACAUUACCUGUGAAGCAGAUAUUCUGGCCGAGAGGAGAGAAGCUGGUUUGAAAUCUGACUGUCACCUAGAAACUGUUGCAGAGCCACGCGAACGCCAGUUUCCUCAGUACAUAUCUAGCACCAAUGAUGCUCCGUUGCUGGCCACCACUGCUACCACCGCUACCACUACUGUCCAAGCAAACUCAUCUUCAAUGUCACAGCAUUAUCCAGAUGUACAAGAUCAGACAUUAGCUGUCCAUUCCAUUCUUAUCGUGAGUGAAGGUCGCAAGAUGACCUUUGACACAACCUCUACCAAAACGAACCCCAUUGCUGCUGCAGCUGUUGUUCAAGAAAGAGGAGGGGGUGACGGACGAGGUUCAAAUCUUCCUCCUGCCACUAGAAACAGCUACUUGGUCUGUCGCAUGUUUUGGUGUGAGCAGAAGGUCAGAUCCAGUAUAUGCUGGCACACAAACAAUCCUCAAUAUGAUUUCAUUCAGGUUUCACCAGUUCUUGUCACAGCCAACUUUUUGGAGAGAAUUCGCAACAAUUACCUAAUUAUAGAGGUCUGGAAUAAAACGACGACAUCACUGGAAGUGUCUGAUGACAAGUUAAUUGGUGUGGUAAAGCUGAGUCUCCACCAAUUCUACCUCUCCCUUCGUAACCAGAGAAUCGUGUCAACAUUGCUGAAGUCUCCAUACCCUAUUGUAGCCCACGAUGGCUAUAUGCCUAUUGUGGACCCUCUCACCAACUACCAACAUGGACAGCUGAAGGUAUUAUUGGCGAUGGGAUCUAUAGAACAGGUGUCCACGCUACAGCAAGUCACAAUUGAAAGACGCUCGUCUUUUUUGCGCCAACAAUUCCCCAAUCGUCACCAAUCUCUGAUAAACACCAGUUCCUCAACAAUCGCUGAUGAAAGUUUUUGUAAAGAUUAUAUUGAACAUGUCUUUGAAGUGGUUGUGGAAGACAUUCAUAACCUUCAACAUUUAGAAGAAAUGGUCUAUGGAGAAGCGGAUUGCUUUGUGCAGUACAGUUUCCCAACUCAGUCAACCGCUCAAGCAUCACACUCUGCGAGUUCCAAGGAAACUGGAUCCAUUACUGACAUUUCCAUGAAGACAUCUCGUACAGGCAUCACCCUCUGUCUACCUGAUUCAGUAUUCCAUGCUAUAAAUCAACACAAAAUAAAGACUUGA